GCUCAGGGUUGCUGCAUGUCACUGGCUAGCCACCUCCCAUACCAACACAGUGACAAAAGCCAUGGGCAUGUUUUUGUACACGAUCAAAAACAAUGUUCCUGUCAACCUAGGAAAGCUGAUAGUUGCUCAAAUAGCUGAGUUUGGGAAACACAACUAUAAGCACAAUGAUAAUGGUCUGCCCUUUCCUGUGCUAAUCUUUCAGAUGCUUGUCUCACAGGGUUUUAACAAGAAGGAUGGUGAACAAGAGGAGCCCUUGGAGCCACUACUGCAGGUUGACAACAGACACUUUGAUGGAAAGCACUUCAAUGACAUGAAGGUAGCUGAGCAGGUAACACAUGGAGUGCCAGGUAUACUCAAGUAUCUGCAUCACAAACUGCAGCAAAACAAGGAAGCACUUCUCCUGGUGGACCAACAGAGGAAAGUUCUUGAAGAAGAGCGGCAAAGUCUCAUAUGGUUGCAAGAGAAUGCUGCACAGAGUGCUCAAGCAGAAGGUUCAUCAUUUCAGGGGGAGAGUUCAGAGGAAGAAGACACUGCUACAGAUUCCUCAGCCUGAGGGGAUAUCUUUUCUAUAAACUCUUUACAAGCUUAAAUUUGACAUUCAUUUU